AUGUUUUUUGGAGGGAUUUCCCUUUUUUCGGACACCGUUCUAGCCAGUAGCGGCGGGGGGCGGGGCGGCGGCCGUGGGCGGGCGAGGAAGCGGCGAGAGCAGGGGGCCACCCCGGGGGGCCACCCCGGCGGGCGCCAUGCUGCCGUCGCUGUGCUGGGUGCUGCUGGCCCCCACGCGCCUGCUGCUGGCCCUGGGGCGCGCGGGGGCCCGGGUGGCCGUGGCGGUGGCGGCGGCGAUGGCGGCGGUGGCCGCCUGCGGCCUUUGGGUGCCCUGGGUGCUGCUGCGCCGGGGCCCCCGCGGGGCUCUGCGCUGGCGGGUGCGGCCCCGGCCCCCCCCGGCCUGGCCGACGGCACCUACGGGGAGCACCGGCACCUGCACCUCCAGGAUUCGGGGCUGCGGCUCCACUACGUCGCCGCCGGCCCCGCCGCCGCCCCGCUCAUGCUGCUGCUGCACGGCUUCCCCCAAAACUGGUUCUGCUGGCGCCACCAGCUGCGCGAGUUCAGCACCUGCUUCCGCGUGGUGGCCCUGGACCUGCGGGGCUGCGGCGCCUCCGACAAGCCCCCCGGCCGCAGCAGCUACGGCCCCGAGACCCUGCUGGAGGACAUCCGCCAGGUCGUCGAGGCCCUGGGCACCCCCGGCGAGAAGGGGGUCCCCAAGUGCAUCCUGGUGGGCCACGACUGGGGGGGGAUUUUCUCCUGGGAGUUCGCCGCCACCUACCCGGACAUGGUGGAGAAGCUGGUGAUCAUCGCCGCGUCUCACCGGGCGGUCAUGGCAGAUUUCGUCGCCCGCCACCCCACCCAGCUGCUGCGCUCCAGCUACGUCUUCCUCUUCCAGCUGCCCUGGCUGCCCGAGCUGCUCCUCUCCCUGGGCGACUUCGAGCUCCUGAAGACGGCCCUGACGGGGCGCUGGCCGGGCGUCGGGGAGCCGCCGGCGCGGCUGACGGAGCAGGAGCUCGACGCCUACCUCUACGGGCUCUCGCAGCCGCGGGGGCUCACGCCGCCCCUCCACUACUACCGCAACCUCUUCGGGGGGGGCCCGGUGCGCCGGGAGCGCCCGCUGGCCCCGGUGCUGCUGCUGUGGGGGGCCCGCGACGCCUACCUGGACCCCCGGCUGGGCCCCUACCUGCAGCGGCGCCUGGCCCCCGCCGCCCGCCUCCACGUCCUCCCCGGCGCCGGCCACUGGCUCCCCGAGGACCGGCCCGACGCCGUCAACCGCCUGCUCUGGGACUUCGUGGGGACGCCGGCCUGAGCGCCGCCGGGUCGAGCCCUGCCGCCGGGCAGAAAUCCCCUUAACUCUGCCCAUCGCCCCCGAAAUACCCUUAACUCUGCCCCUCACCCCCCCAAAUCCCCUUAACUCUGCCCCUCGCUGCCCCAAAUCCCCUUAACUCUGUCCCUCGCUGCCCCAAAUCCCCUUAACUCUGCCCCUCGCUGCCCCAAAUCCCCUUAACUCUGCCCCUCGCUGCCCCAAAUCUCCUUAACUCUGCCCCUCGCUGCCCCAAAUCCCCUUAACUCUGCCCCUCGCUGCCCCAAAUCUCCUUAACUCUGCCCCUCGCCGCCCCAAAUCCCCUUAACUCUGUCCCUCGCUGCCCCAAAUCCCCUUAACUCUGCCCAUCGCUGCUGCAAAUCCCCUUAACUCUGCCCACUGCUGCCCCAAAUCCCCUUAAUGCUGCCCCUCGCUGCCCCAAAUCCCCUUAACUCUGCCCAUCGCUGCUGCAAAUCCCCUUAACUCUGCCCGUCGCUGCUGCAAAUCCCCUUAACUCUGCCCGUCGCUGCUGCAAAUCCCCUUAACUCUGCCCCUCGCUGCCCCAAAUCCCCUUAACGCUGCCCAUUGCUGCUGGAAAUCCCCUUAACUCUGCCCAUCACCCCCCCAAAUCCCCUUAACUCUGCCCAUCACCCCCCCAAAUCCCCUUAACUCUGCCCACCGCUGCCCCAAAUCCCCUUAACUCUGCCCACCGCUGCCUGAAAUCCCCUUAACUCUGCCCACCGCUGCCCCAAAUCCCCUUAACUCUGCCCAUCGCCCCCCGAAAUCCCCUUAACUCUGCCCAUCGCUGCCCCACAUCCCCUUAACUCUGCCCCUCACUGCCCCAAAUCCCCUUAACUCUGCCCACCGCUGCCCCAAAUCCCCUUAACUCUGCCCAUUGCCCCCCCAAAUCCCCUUAACUCUGCCCGUUGCCCCCCCAAAUCCCCUUAACUCUGCCCGUUGUGCGGCCCCAGCCGUCCCGGCACCCACAGGUGCUCGAACCCGCCCCAGGGCUCUGGUGGGGACCUCAGUGGCCGGGUGGGACCCCGGUGGCCAGGGGGGACCCCGGCUGUUGCCCCCACCCCAUGCAGUGCCUUCGCUUCCCAAGUGCAGUGAAUAAAGUGAGCUGUGGCCACUG